AUGGUGAUGGCGGAGGCCAAUGUCGAUAAAGGUACCGAAAUGAAAAAAGAUAAAAAAUUUGACAGUUCAGAGCUUGUUGCUGGUAUUGUUAGUGCUGAACAAUAUGUAACGCAGGAUUCAGUCAAGGAAGGUUCCGAAAACGGUAAUCAGUCUUUGGGUGUAAAAACGGGAAAUGGCAUCAACCAGGAUAAUGGUGUGAUCAUAGCAUCACCAGCAAGCACAGUGAGAGGGAAAGAGGAAGAAGAAGAAACCGAAGAAAUUGAGGAACUCAAAAGUUCAAUUGAAGGCGAAGAAACAUCCCAAUUAACAUUGACGCAAGAAGGAGUACCACCACCAUUGGAACCAUUAACAACGACACUGAAUGGAAACCCAGCAAGAACUUUAAAUGCAACACCAGCGAAAGGACAGUCCAGCUCUGAUGACGGCUCUGCCCAGGAAGAAGGACUCAAAUCACCAACACUAAAAGCACCUGCAGCACCAGCAGCAGCGGCAGAAACAACAACACAAACAAAAGAUGAAAACCCCUUCCUUGCAGAUGACCCUUUAGUGCAACAUGUAGAAGCAUCUCAACACGACAUGGAGUCAAGAAGUGCCUCACGAAAAGAAGGAACCAUCCCAACCACAGUCACCAAAACAGACGAACCAACAGAAGUUAACGCCGAAUCAACUCCAACAUCACCCUCAGAUUUCAGAGGUGCCAUUACAAAUGACGCUGACAAAGGAAAUGAAGAAAGUAUUCCAAAACAUGAUCAAGCACCUGAUGGUGAAGCGAAUAAAUAA